AACAGUUGUUCUCUUCUCUUCAAGCUGCAUGUUUCUUGAAGAUUGGUUCCAGUUUUGUUCAGGUCUACAAUCUUACCCCUGGUGUCCUGAGACAGCUCUUUGGUAUUGGUGGAGAGGUUGCAGUCUGUUUAAAGCAUCUCUCCUGCUUUUGCACGCACGGGUCCAGACUGCCCCGCCUCUCCUGGUUCCCUCUAUAUAGGCGGCAGGGAAACCCCAUCCCAUCAGAGCAUUAGAGACACUGAUGGGGAUGACUGAGACAGCAGCAGAUGUGAAGUCUACUCAGGAUUCUACUUUGUUUUUAUUGCGGGAUGUCCGUCUCAGGUCGCCCUGUGGACGGUUUGUAAUUGUAGGCUUAUAGAGAGGAGGAAAACACUUUUAGUCACACGCGGACAUUUUUUUUAAAGUAUAAAAAAAAAAGUUCUAGCGCCAUGCUGUCCAGCGUGCGCCGGCACAGCCUCCGCCUGCAGACCGAGUUGCACCGGUGGAGCAUCUGCGACUCGGGCAGCCACGCGCCCCCGGACGGCCUCCUGGCGCGCGUUCCCGCCUGCAUCUCCCGCUCCAAGUCCUGCGCCAGCUCCGCCGGAGAGUCGGACGGCAGCCGCGGGAGUUGGUCGUCGUCGGACUCGGUCAUCUCCACGGACUUCGCCGGGGAGCCAGCCGAGCCCGAGAGCCCGUACAGGGUGGUGCUGCUGGGGGCCAGCGGGGUCGGUAAAACGGCGUUCGCCAGCAUCUUCGCGGGGGCUGCGGACAGCAUGGAUAGCGAUGACUGCGAGCUGUGUGGAGAGGAAUUGUGUGAAAAAGAAAUUGAAGUUGAUGGGGAACCUGCAAUCAUUACUUUGGUGGACAUGUGGGAUGAACAGACUGACAACGAGUGGACCCAGGAGCAGUACAUGCAGACGGCUGACGCCUACUUGCUGUUGUAUUCCAUAACGGACCGGGCCUCGUUCCUGAGAGCUUCAGAGCUCAGAAUAACCCUCCGUCGCUUCUGUCCUGCCCGACACACCCCGAUCAUCCUGGUGGGGAACAAGUGUGAUCUAGUGCGGCGGAGAGAAGUGUUGACCAGUGAGGGCUGCGCGUGUGCUGCCGUGUUUGACUGCAAGUUCAUCGAGACCUCAGCUGCCAUGCAGCACAAUGUCUGGGAGUCAUUCUACGGCAUCGUGCGGCAGCUGCGUCUGCGAAGAGACUCCAGGGAGGAGAGCAGACGGCGCAGGCACGUACACUGUAGCACACGGCGAGAGAGCCUCCCCAUGAAGGCCAAACGCUUUUUCGACAAAGUGGUUGCAAAGAACAAUCCCACCAUGGCAUUCUGGCUGAAAUCAAAGUCCUGCCACAAUCUCUCGGUUUUGUAGCCGGGUUUCCCCAUCAGAUGAAAAGAAGUUACAGACAGAACUGGAGGAAAACCAAUUUCUGAAGGACUGCAGGUCAGAUGAUUUACCCUCUUUCUGCUCUCUGGCAAGAAGAUGAGAUUAAAAACAUUUGUGUCUUCACUGACUGGACAGCAUGGAAGGAUUGACAGACUGGAAAUCAUAGAGAAAGAUGUAGUUCUGUCCAUUUCUGUGUAACUUUUUCUCUGACCUCAUCAUCUGUUCCAUUUCAGCCAAAACUGUGGACUGGUCAAGUGCUGAUAUGAUUGUUUGUGAGCUUUUUGUUAAAUGGACAAAAUCUCUUUUGCUACUUUUGUGAUGAAUGUUGACUUUCAACAUUGAUUUUGUUUAUAUUGUAUUGUAUUUUGCACUUUGUAAAAUAAAAAUGAGAACCAUGAUGUGUUUGUUGAA